AUGACUUCCAGGCUGUGUGACCAUCCAAUGUGUGACCUUGAGCAUCCCCAUCAGGAUGACUGUCUCUAUGGGGGCCCCCUGAGCCUGCAGUGCCAGUAUGAGGAGAGAUUCAAGGCACUCAACAAGUACUGGUGCCGACAGCCCUGCCUGCCACUUUGGCACGAGACUGUGGAGACACAGGGGCCCAGGGUCGUGGUGAGAACUGGACAGGUGUCCAUCACGGACCACACAGAGGAGCUCAGCUUCACCGUGACCCUGGAGAACCUCACUGUUGUCAACACGGGCAAGUACUGGUGUGGGGUUGCAACAAUGCUGCAGGAAGAAGACAUCUGGGGCUUCCUGCCUGAGCCCUUCGUGCAGGUGCAGGUGCUCAUGUCCCCAGCCACUGCAGUGGGCGUGGCCCUCCCACACUUCUCCACGGCCAUGCCUGGAAACUGA